AUUAAAUUACUCUCAUGCUUCUUAAACUAAAACAAGACAUUGAAUCAUUGUUUGAUAAUGUUCAAGCAUUUAAAAAAGAAUCUAGACCAAUAUACCCAAAUCUAAAGGAACAACUUGAUGUAAUAUAUUGACCUAGCUUAAUUUUAGGAAAAAAUUAAUCUCAUAAAACAAUAAUUUAACAAUGUAGAUGAAAAGAUCAUUAAGAACUAUUGUUCUAAAAUUCUAGAGGUAAUUUCUAUUUAGAAAUAUAGCUAAAAUAAAUAAAUAAUAUCAUGUAGGAUUUAAUUUUCACUUUAGACAUUUCUACAAAUCCAGGAUCAUCAAAUUUAAAAAAGAGUCAUCUGUUGAUUCAAUAGGAAAGCAAAGAGUAUAUUCUAUAUAUAAUUAUUAUAGAAGUGUAGCAAAUUUACAAAAGAAAAUAAUUCUUAAACUUAAUUAAAUUACAGAACUUAAUGAAAUCAAUGAUGUAGUAAACUAUCAUGGGAGUGAAUUUGAUGGAAUAUGCAUUUUUAGAUUGCAUUAAAUUUAUCAUAAUGAAGUGGAAAAUCUAUAAUAAUAGUUUUAAUAAUUAAAAUCAUUAAAUAAUGAAAGAUUCAAUAUUUUGUAUUAAUCAUUCUUUGAUAUCAUAAAUGAUUAAAAAUUUAUUAAAAUUCAGAAAUAAAUUUCAUCUUAUUCUGAAAUCGUCAACUUAAUAGACGAAUUUAGAGAUAAACUAUUUGCCAUAAUUAAAUCUAAGAAUGAUUCUAUUUCAAUAAUGGAUAGUAAUUUAUUAAAUGAAUAAUAAUAGGAACUAAAUCAUUAUAAAAUUUAUCUUCCGUGUCUUAAGAUUUCAUUGAAGAUGAUCAUUAUGAAAUUAAGAGAGGAAAAUAUAAUAACAUACUUAAAUAAGAAGAAAUAAAAAACAAAAGAAAAGAAAGCUCUUCAGAAACCUGUAUAAAUUGUUAAAUAUUUUGA